UGAGGAGGGGGAGUGUGUGUGUGUGUGUGUGUGUGUGUGUGUGUUGAGGAAGGGGUUCAAACAGGGGAGGUGGAGACCACCAGGGACCGAGACUCAUCUCCUCCACCUCAGGUUUAAACCACGGCAGCAGCAGCGUUGUGUUUCAGUGUGGACUCUCUCCCUCCCGCUCUCCUCAAGUGACGAGGAAAAGCACUGUGAUUCCUCUCUCUGUGUCUGACUCUGCUCUAGAUCCCGGCGCUCUCGCUUUCCUCUUUGUUUUCUCUCAGGUAAGAAACUCAAGAGCAGAUAGAGCAGAAUGGAGGCCAUUAAGAAGAAGAUGCAGAUGCUGAAGCUGGAUAAGGAGAACGCCAUCGACCGGGCAGAGCAGGCCGAGUCUGAUAAGAAGUCAGCAGAAGACAAGUGCAAACAGCUAGAAGACGAGUUGCUUGCUCUGCAGAAGAAACUGAAAGGAACUGAAGAUGAACUGGACAAAUAUUCAGAAGCUCUCAAAGACGCUCAGGAGAAGCUGGAGCUGUCUGAGAAAAAGGCGACAGACGCGGAAGGAGACGUGGCCGCUCUGAACCGCAGGAUCCAGCUGGUGGAGGAGGAACUGGACCGAGCUCAGGAGAGACUGGCCACCGCGCUCCAGAAACUAGAGGAGGCCGAGAAAGCGGCGGAUGAGAGCGAGAGAGGCAUAAAGGUGAUUGAGAAUCGUGCAAUGAAAGACGAGGAGAAAAUGGAAAUUCAGGAAAUAGAGCUGAAAGAAGCCAAACACAUCGCUGAGGAGGCCGACCGCAAAUAUGACGAGGUCGCUCGUAAGCUGGUGAUUCUGGAGACUGAGCUAGAAAGAGCAGAAGAGAGAGCAGAGAUCGCAGAACUUAAAGGUGGAGAUUUGGAGGAAGAACUGAAAAACGUUACCAACAAUCUCAAGUCCUUAGAAGCUCAGUCAGAUAAGUAUACAGAGAAAGAGGACAAGUACGAAGAGGAGAUCAAAGUUCUCACUGAUAGACUGAAAGAGGUUGAGACUCGUGCUGAGUUUGCAGAAAGGUCGGUGGCCAAACUGGAAAAGACCAUCGAUGACCUCGAGGAGGAUGUGGCUGAGGCCAAACAGCAGAAUCUGGAGAUGAAUCAAGUCCUGGAUCAGACGCUUCAGGAGCUCAACAGCUUGUGAGCAAACAAGAAGAAAUCAAUGAAGAAUGUUCCAGAAUUUCUCAUUCAUUCCAGCAGCUUUAUGUUUAGCUUUUCAUGUGUUUUUGAUUUUGUAUGUUGAAAGUUCUGUUAUUUUCAUCCAUUAAUUUUGGUUUAUAAUUUUCUGAUUAUUUCCUAAAGCACCUAUCAGUCCAUUAAGUACUAAAUAAUGUCUUCUUCUUGCCAUUUGUCCCAUUUAUAAGAGUGCUGCAGGUUAAACACAUACUUCUGACACAAUAUGCGGCAUAAAACCAAAACAUGCCUUUAAUACUGUUUUAUGUUUUUAGACUUUAAAAUUAUGACCCAUUAUUGUAUGUAAGAAUGUUUCCCUUUUUCAGUUUUUCGAUUUUUUCUUUUUUUUUCUCGAUCUGUCUGCUGUGUAAGGGUAGUGCUGUUUUAUUUAUUUGUUUUGAAUUAACAUAAAGGCAGAAGGUAUAUUUAAAACAGUGGAAACGUAACAACAAAGGGUCAGUGCAUAGAGCAAUUAGUACAUCACUUUUUAGUAGUGAUGUUAGGAAAAUGUAAGGGAAUGUACAAAAAAAAAAAGUUGUAAAGGUAUUGGAAUAUAGAUAUUUCUUGGAUUUUGGCAUGAAGAAGUCUUUAUUAGUUUGUCAUUAAUGGGACCAUUUUGUACCCUUGUUGCUGCGUGGGAUAUUUUCACUGUGGUUAGAUUUUUUUUGUACUUGUUAAACUAAAUAAAUGUUUACUUAUUUGAACACCA